AUGUGUCAAGCCCGACUCGAACUGUGUCAACGGGCACAAGUUUUGCGCCACCGCGCCGAAGUGAAAUGUCUGCAUCUCCUAGGAUUCACACAGUGUCUCUCAUCUCCAAACAAUUCUCAGUGCUUCUUUUACAACAAAAAAUACCAGAAGAAACAGGACAAACCACAGCUGUUGAUAGCAGCAACUGAAGAACAAGUCCGUUCUGUGGACGUGGUACAACAAUCGAAAAAUAUCGGAGUAGCAGAAAGGGAACAUGAUAUAAAAGAUCCCGUUGAACUUGAAAUCGCCCGCCAAACUCUAACAUUUUUAAAUAUGGAAGAUGCUGUUACAAAACCGAAACCACAUGUGAAGAUUGCACAAGAAGAUGGUUCCUGCCCAGCAGUUGAAAGAAUACCAGAUCUUCAAGGAGCUCUUCCACAAGCAACACUUUUGAUUCAAAAUCUACAAGAAGGGGAAGUCCACGCAGUUCAUCCAGAACUAGGUCCUGGAGGUUCUUGGAAACCCAAUGAUUGCCAAGCAAGGGAUAAAAUAGCAGUGAUUAUCCCAUAUCGAGAUCGUCAAACCCAUUUGACUCGGUUAAUCGACUUCUUGAUUCCGAUUCUACAAAGGCAACGGUUGGACUUUCGGUUCAUUGUUACGGAACAAUACGGUAACGACUUGUUCAACAAAGGUCGCAUCAUGAAUGCUGCAUUUAUUUUCGCUGAAAGCCUUGGAGUGGAUUGUGUCGUGUUUCACGAUGUCGACAUGUUUCCACAAGACGAUCGGAAUCCAUACUCGUGCCCACCAGGACCACGACAUCUUGGUGCUUUUGUCAGCAAUCUUGGUUACCAGCUAUGGUACAAGGAGAUUGUUGGAGGAGUGCUAGCUGUAUCGAUGGCUGAUUAUCGAGCAGUCAACGGCUACUCAAAUCAAUUCUGGGCGUGGGGUGGUGAAGACGAUGACAUGGGACAACGGAUAUUAUCACUGAAUUAUACGAUAGAAAGGCCCAAUCCUGAAACUGGCAGAUAUUCUAUGCUGAAGCAUGUGAAAAGAAAAAGAACAGCUCCCAAAUUAAUUUAUAAACUCCUCGGUAAUAGUGCAAAUCGAGUAGCAUAUGACGGUUUGAACGAGACCGACAAAUGGACCAUUAGAAAGGUCACAACACGGCCUCUAUACUAUCAUCUUUAUGUGGAUGUUGGUCCAGUGCCCGAAGAAUGGCGAGCCAAAGCAUAA